AUGAAGAAUGAAAGACCAAGGGAGAAGGUACGAGAGCUUGAAGAUGGGAGGGAGAUGACGAGAGGGAAAUUCGAAGGAGGAAGGAAGGGAUUCAUCACAAAAAUUCAUUUAAAUGAGAGGAAGAAUUUAGACCUACCACAAACCUACCUCUACCUGUCACCACCACCAUAUCUCUACCUCUGCCUCAAUCACCACCCUACCUAUACCAUCACCGUACCUCUAUAUACCACCACUCUACAUCUACCACUACCAUCGUCCAUACCUCUUCCACCACCAUACCUCUAUAUACCACCACUCUACAUCUACCACUACCACCGUCCAUACCUCUUCCACCACCAUACCUCUAUAUACCACCACUCUACAUCUACCACUACCACCGUCCAUACCUCUUCCACCACCAUACCUCUAUAUACCACCACUCUACAUCUACCACUACCAUCGUCCAUACCUCUUCCACCACCAUACCUCUAUAUACCACCACUCUACAUCUACCACUACCACCGUCCAUACCUCUUCCACCACCAUACCUCGACCUCUACCUCUAUCACCACCCUACCUCCAUCACCGUACCUCUAUAUAACACCGCUCUACAUCUACCACUACCACCGUCCAUACCUCUUCCACCACCCUACCUCCACCAUCACCGUACCUCUAUAUACCACCACUCUACAUCUACCACUACCAUCGUCCAUACCUCUUCCACCACCAUACCUCUAUAUACCACCACUCUACAUCUACCACUACCACCGUCCAUACCUCUUCCACCACCAUACCUCUAUAUACCACCACUCUACAUCUACCACUACCACCGUCCAUACCUCUUCCACCACCAUACCUCUAUAUACCACCACUCUACAUCUACCACUACCACCGUCCAUACCUCUUCCACCACCAUACCUCUAUAUACCACCACUCUACAUCUACCACUACCACCGUCCAUACCUCUUCCACCACCAUACCUCGACCUCUACCUCUAUCACCACCCUACCUCCAUCACCGUACCUCUAUAUAACACCGCUCUACAUCUACCACUACCACCGUCCAUACCUCUUCCUUCACCAUACCUCGACCUCUACCUCUAUCACCACCCUACCUCCAUCACCGUACCUCUAUAUACCACCACUCUACAUCUACCACUACCACCGUCCAUACCUCUUCCACCACCAUACCUCGACCUCUACCUCUAUCAUCACCUACCUCUACAACCACAAUACCUCUACCACCAUCCCACCAAUUCUUGUUAUGAGUAACAUAUUCUCCCAGGUGUGA